AUGAGGAAUCCUGAAGUCAUUGUGAUCGGAGCGGGCCCGUCCGGCAUUGCCCUUGCACACACGUUGAAGCAUAAGCUUGGGUUCCAUGAUUUCACAAUAUAUGAGAAGCUCGAUGGAGUCGGAGGAACAUGGAGAACCAAUACUUAUCCGGGGGUAGGCUGUGAUGUACCCACGAUUUUGUAUUCGUUUUCAUUCAACUUGAAUCCCAACUGGUCGAAAGAACUGUGUGAUGGUCCGGAAAUUUUGGAUUACAUGGAAGCCACCGUCGACAAAUACGACUUGCGCAAACAUAUGCAAUUUGAGAUCGAAUGCCUGGGUGCAAAGUGGAACAACGACACUUCCGCCUGGGACGUGCAAUUCAGAGAUCUCCGAACAAAGAUCGAGUAUAUUCGCUCUGCGACCAUCUUCGUCUCAGCUGUUGGUGGCAUUUCAUAUCCCCGCGAGGUAAAGUUCCCUGGGAUGGAAACUUUCAAGGGGGAAAUGUUCCACACAGCCAGGUGGAACCAUGGAUACGACUACCAUGGAAGACGAAUGGCCAUUAUUGGAAAUGGCUGCAGUGCCGCUCAAGUUGUCCCUGCCGUCGUGAAAAAGGCUGCUUUUGUGAAGCAGUAUGCUCGAAGUCCUCAAUGGUAUCAUGAACGACCGAAUAGACACUUCACAAACGUUGAGAAAUGGUGUUUUCGCUAUUUACCCUUAUGGGAACGGUAUAAUCGGCUCAUGCUGUUUCUUCAAAACGACGAUUUAGUCUCAACUUAUAUGCCAGGAGCUAUUGCGACGAAGAAGAGAGCGAACGUCGAGGACCAUGCGAAGAAGUACAUUUAUGCCACUUCGCCGAAGAAAUAUCAUCAUUUCUUGGUUCCGGAUUUUCCGUUAGGAUGUAAACGUCGAAUUUUUGACCCCAACUACCUCGAGGCCCUGCACAGUCCGAAUCUUGAAGUCGUUCCAGAGGGCAUUCAAGCCAUUGAUGAGACGGGCAUCAUUUCCGAUGGUGGUGACAAGACAGAAUUUGAUCUCGUCGUACUGGCGACGGGAUUCCAGGUCCAACAAUUUCUAACCCCCAUGGAAGUCGUGGGUAAACAUGGAAUGACUUUGUCGCAACAAUGGAAAGAGAAUCGCGGUGCUCAAGCUUAUAUGGGCUCCUACGUUCAUAACUUUCCCAAUUUCGCCAUUCUAUUUGGUCCCAAUACUUUUCCGGCGCAUAAUUCAGCCCUCUUCGCAUGCGAAGUGCAAGUUGAGUACAUUGCCAGGACAAUGAUUGCGCCAAUCAUUGAUCGUCGAGCUUCAGUCAUUGAGGUCAAAGCCACAUCCGAAAACCAAUGGGUCAACAGUAUUCACGAUCAAUUGAAAGGUUCGGUGUUCGCGGCUGGUUGCUCGAAUUGGUACAUUAAUGAAUUCGGACGCAAUGCAGCUUCCUGGCCCGGUUACGCCUCGACAUAUUGGAAGGAGGCGCUGAUUCCUCGCUGGGGCGUAUUGACAUUCACUGGCGGUUCAAAAUUUUGGGUCUGGAACACGAUUUAUAGAUGGCUCCGGACGACGAGUAGACUCACAUAUCUUGUCUUGUUUCUUGCCUUGUCUUCAUGGCGUUUGAGGAAGACCGAGGGUCUGGUGGAUAAAUUAAGAGCAAUACCCGCUUUGGGGUGGCAAAAAUUUCGUGCUUUGAUAUAA